AUGCUCUCCCUUGUUGCCCUCCUCUCUGCCCUCGUCCUGCCCCUGCUCGCAGCAUCAUCCAACCCGAACACGACCCUCAUAUACCAGUUCCCCAACGGCACAUGGAUUGAAAACAUCGCCGUCCGCCACAACAACGCACUCCUUCUGACCCUACUCACGACGCCGGAUCUCUAUAACCUGGACCCCACCUCCUCCAAGCCCUCCCCAACCCUCCUCUACACAUUCCCCAACGCCACAGCCCUCUUUGGUAUCGCCGAAUACGCCCCAGAUGUCUUCGGCAUCGCUGCCGGAACCUACUCGUUUUCAGCUGGCGUCACUCCCCAUUCAUUCAGCAUAUAG